AUGAAAUUACUUUUAUUAUUAGUUAGCAUUGUUUUAUCAAUUAGUUUAGCAUCAUCAAUUGUUGUUAUUCCAUAUUCAUAUCCAUUAUAUAAACAAUGUGAUAGUCGUUGGGGAGGUAAUGAAAUUAUUAAUCAAACAAUUUGUGAUGUAGGUUGUUUAAUGUCAUCUUGCAGUAUGGCAAUUGCUGGUAGAGGUAUUACACUUAAUAAUGUUGUUUCAACACCAGGUUCACUCAAUUCUUGGUUACAAGCUAAUAAUGGUUAUGUAGGUGAUGAUCUUUUAGAAGAGAUUGCUUUAACUAGAGUUUCACCAUCAAUUGAAUGGGUUGGUUCAUAUUCUGCAGCUGAUUUCACUAUGGAUCAAGUUGUAGAUAUGAUCAAUAAACAAACCAUUGUUAUCAUUAAUGUUUUACAAGGUGCUCAUUUCGUUUUGGCUGUUGGUUAUGAUCAAUCAAAUUCUUUAUUCUAUGUAAAUGAUCCAGGUUUUGAUACUCUCACCUACACUUAUGCUGAUGUUGUUGGUUAUCGUAUUUUCAAUAUGAAUUAA